UGGGUAUUCAAUUCCGAAAGUUGGAUGUAUUACCAACAACACUCCAGAGUUGCUUUCAACAGGCUCUAACCAGUAAUGAGAAGCCGGAUCCAACAUAACUUGCUUUUAUUGUAGAAGCCGAUGUUCAUCGUCACCUACAGUAUCUAGAGCAGGCCCAAUUUGUUCGGGAGGUAAUGGAUAUUUCGAACGUUCUUAACCCUGAAGGAGAGACUGUUCGGGAUAGCCUCGAAGAACUCGACGAGCUUAUUCUAGCCCAAUUUACCUCCCCUCAAAGAGAAGAACAGGAUGAAGAGUUGGUCGUUGAGCCAUUUGUAUCAGUUCAAGAAGCACUUGAGGCUUUAGCUAAGUUACGCCUAUAUCAGGAGCAAUCUGGAGGGGAUACAGGCUUGAUUUUACAGCUUAAUCGACAAGAACGACAGCUUAGGGUAGUGAGGGAAGAGUCUUUGCAACAGAGCGAUGGUCGCUCUUUCUAAGGUGAAAAUCGACGGCUUGGCGUCUCUGGAUGUAGCGGAUUUAAAAGGUUGGUUGUCGGAAUUGAUUCGCUAUAUGCAGGGUUUACUGGAUUUGUUUAGCUGGUCCGAUUCCGAAAGUGAAAAUGUUGGAACGAUUCAUAUCAGUUUCUGGUGAUGUAU